GUCAGCAAAAAAUGCAUUUUUAAGUCGGGAUUGCUUCUUAUUCCACUCAAAUGCAAAAAGAAACUGUCCAAGAUGAGUGUGGAUUAUGUACCAUAUGAUGAUUACACUGCCAACAACGAGACAGAGACAAACUUCACCGCUUUUGGACCGCUGAAUGUCAGCAGUCCUCAGUCCUCUUUGACUUCUCUUCUGGUGGCUUUUAACAUCAUCAUAUGCGUCGUCGGCCUGGCGGAAAACUCACUGGUGAUCUGGAUCUGUGGAUGGAAAAUGAAAAGAACUGUCAUCACCACUUGGUACAUCAGCCUGGCCAUCUCCAACCUGCUGUUUUGCGUCUUUCUGCCCCUGGAGAUGAUCUACAUGAUGACUUCGCAUUGGCCCUUUGGACUGGUGCUGUGUAAGCUCAUGUCGGCUGCUCUGUUCCUCAACAUGUACAGCAGCGUGUUUCUCUUGGUUCUGAUCAGCACUGAUCGAUGCAUAGUGGCAUCCUUUCCCGUGUGGUCGCGCAAUCACCGCACGGUACGGAGGGCCACCGCGCUCGUCGUCCUCACGUGGUUUCUCUCGGCGCUCCUGACCUUGCCCUCGCUGAUCUACAGGUGUACCACCUCGCAUGGGGAUGUCACGCUGUGCUUCACGCGUUACGCAGAUGCACCCGAACACAAGGCGGUGGUGCUGACUCGCUUCACCUGCGGAUUCCUCAUCCCUUUCAUUGCAAUUGUGCUGUGCAGCUCGGUGCUCUGCGUAAAGUUGAGAGGCGUGAGCAUCAAGUCGACCAAGCCCUACAAGAUCAUGGCAGCGCUCAUCUUGUGUUUUUUUGUCUGCUGGGUUCCCUACCACACAUUUGUCCUACUGGAGGUACACUUGAAGACCCUCAGCUUGGAGAGUCUUCACACUGGGAUGAAGGUAGGGGUGACUCUGGCGGCGGCAAACAGCUUCAUAUCCCCAAUUCUCUACGUCUUGAUUGGGAAUGACUUCAGUCAAAUCCUGAGGCGCUCGCUGACACAGAGGUUGGAGUCGGUGAUGGCGGAAGAUUUUCGUACUGGAGGCCUCAGUUACUCGCGGUCUCAGUCGGACCAAGCUGUUUGAUUGGGUACAUAAAACACAUUCAUUGGAUGAUUUCAUGAUUCAUGGUCAGUCUAUGUAUGUUAGCAUUAUUAAACGUCCUUGCUAUGGUAUGGUUUUGGUUUAAUUUAUUUUGAACAUGCAUACAUCUUACACUGUAGCCAACAAAAAGUGUCACUUCAUUAUCAUGAAGUACUGCGUCAUAGAAAAUAGAACGACGUCUCAUAGUUUAGGUUUUAGUAGAGCGUUCACGCUCCCACAACGUGCACGCAGAUAUCGGUGUGCAUGCAAAUACCAGAUGGAAGGAACAGAUGUACUACAGGAGUCUGUCAAAUAUUGUAAUGAGGGUGUAACAGGGGUACAAUCCCCUUCAGGGUGGUGCAACUGUAAUUUAUUUUUAUUUUUGUUUUGUGUUUUGCACUUCCCGACUACAAAGAUGUACCAGAAAAGGAAUGUACCAAAUCCCUGGAGCUGAUUGGUC